AUCAUGGCGACGACGCCGUUCUCGUCCGCGCACAGACUCUACGUCAAGUCGCUGUACCGGCGCAUGUUGAAGAACGAGCUGGACUGGGUAGUUCGCAGGGAUAUCUGGCGUGGAAGGGCUUUGAUGAUUAGGGCCGAGUUCGAACGGAACAAGGAUGUGCAGGACCCGAGGGCCUUGGCGCAAAUAUUCGAGAAAGCUGAGGCUGAGUUAGCAGCGAAACAGCACCCAGACCCUUACAUCCCACCUGCGAUGCCCGGAGGGACCAAGUGGGAACGCAACAUCCCUCCCACCAUUGCACCCAUAUACGACCACAUCGCCGAGGGCCAUCAUUAAUCACCUCCUUGGCUGUGCAUAGUUUAGUUGCUCUUCCGGCUUAACAAACCUGUGUCGGAAGUCUGAUGUACUCUUGAGCCACCGGGCAGUCGUACCACUACACUGCCAUCUCGCUCGCAAAAUGCCCAGAUUGACCAUGACCUCCAGGGUUAGUUGCGAGUAUGCAAGUGCAACGUGAACAAGGCAAUAGUUGCAGAUGCGGUGGUAAGUAUAUGUCAGAAAGGCUCUAUUCUGUGAAACACGCAAGGAUCCCUCGCGAGUCGGCUGCAAUUCUUCCUGGAUGUUCGCUUGAUGAUUGAGGCUCAUCCAAUUGUUGACUCUUCCGGAACAUAACCCUGGCAUUGGGGUCUGCUAUGACGUUCAAGUCCCAGUGGAUACCCGGAACAGACAGGUAAGUCCCCU